UUGAUCAACAACAACAUUCUUCCGGAGAUCUUGGUCGUACGUUUGAUCCAUGUUUGCGACAACAUAUUCCGAUGUUCUCGGAUGUGUCUUCAGGAGUUCGGGUAUAUUAGUCGUGAACUUGGGCUUGUUGGUGAUGCCGAAGCUCCGACUUGUUUCUCAUAAAUUUAUCCAAGACAGUCUCCUGCAUAAUGCCCUACUGGCCAUUCUCUCUCGUCAGUCGGAUCGGUGGCCUAUCCAUCUCUCUGCCGCUUAAAUACUCGGAAGAGGAAUGCCAACUCUGCAAGCAUCUCAGGGCCCCUUCGACACUUAGUACGCGAUAACCCGAUUACUUUCCAUGAUGACCUCUGUCUCGAAAUACCACGCUAGCCGUGAAAAUAUAGUAACAGUAGGAGUCGUGGCCGAUUGGAUGUCUUGUCAGAAGACAGUGGACGGUGGUAUGAACGCUACUCUUCUGGACUAUGGCGUGAUCUCUUGCUCUUUCGGGCGACAUGCCGCUCGCAGGAUUUUUGAAGCUAUCCUCCAUGUUCCAUUCGAUAGUCUUCACGUCUGUUACGAAGGCUCCCGAAGUUGUUUCUUCCUCCCACCCAGCGUCCUCGGAUAUGCCCACAUGCCCAUCUGUCUCGAUUUCCGUCACGAUCCCUCCAUCUCGAUAAUCCCUCAACGCUAUUGGCAACCGACCACCGACAGUAAUUGCGGCCGUUAUGUGACGGGAGCCAAGUUACAGAAUCCCAUUUUUCUCGAUCAUCUCAACGGAAAAGGCUUCGGUCUGACUGUCGAGGAAGCCUGUAACGGGCAGGGUGCGCACCUUCGACGGUGGAACGAGACAGUGGAAUUAGGUGGAAAGGCGAAUAUUCAAUUGCGUAUAUGGCUUCAUGCCGAUGCGUGGCAACGACAGAUCAGUACGAGAGACCAGAAAUUGCGCAAAAAUACCAUUCCACUCCGGCAGUUUGUUAAACAGCUCGGUAAUACCGUGCGAGACUACCUAAAGAGCUAUUCUCUGUUCUCAGAAACCGGGCAGUUGAUCAACGACGACGAUAUCGUCAUUUUAGCAGCUGUCCAUGUUUCUGCUGGAAGCUGGCAGCCUAUUCUGGCUUGUUGCUCGGGAAAAGUGUAUCUAGAGGGAUAAGCUCACCAGAAAUCCGAUAGCCAUGCACGACCUUCUACCCACACUCCGCUGCCAUAUCCACGAACUUAUGGCUCAAACGGUCCUCUCCUGACCGUUCUGGGGUAUAUAUACC